CUAUGUCAAAACAAACAACCCAACUUCUUUCACCCCUAUAAAGUUAUAAAACCCAUUUAAAUCCCCACCCCCCUCUGACAACAACCUUUGAAUAUCCACUUCAUACAUCAUUUCCUUCAACCAUAUUAUCAUACCAUGAUGUUUCACACACUCUUUCUUCCUCUUUUCCUCCUUUUACCAAUGACUGUGAAUUCUGACAUUCACGAUCUCUUGAGGUCUCGUGGCCUCCCAGCGGGUCUCUUCCCGAGGAACGCCGUGAAGUCGUACACGCUCGACAGCGACGAACGGCUUCAGGUGUUCCUCGAGAGGCCGUGUUUGGCCAAGUACGAGACGAGGGUUAUGUUCGACAGCGUAGUUAAGGCUAACCUUAGCUAUGGGGGACUCAUUGGGCUAGAGGGUCUCUCCCAGGAGGAACUCUUCCUUUGGUUGCCUGUUAAAGACAUCAUAGUGUAUGACCCUUCUUCUGGUCUCAUCUUGUUCGAUAUCGGCGUUGCUUACAAGCAGAUGUCUCUUUCUCUGUUUGAAGAGCCUCCCAUUUGUAUGCCUCAAGGUUUGGGGAUAGAGGAGGAUGGGGGAAAGGAGUCAAGAUUUGAGAUGGAAGGACACAAACCAUUUCUACUUUCUGCAGCCUGAUGAUUUGAGAUAUGACAUUAGUUUUAAUUUGGUGAAGUUUUAAUUUUCAUGGUGUUUAAUGUGGGUUUCAAGUUAGGGAAAAAGAAGAAAAAGUGGAACAAGUUCCUGAUUUUAUGAGAGAGAUCUCGAAGUGGCUGAAAUGAUCAAUCUGGUAUACUUCUUCAUAUAUUUUGUUUUUUUAUGUAAAUACUCCCCUUUUAUCUCAGAUCCGAUGAUUUUUUUAAUUUUCAAUAAUGAAAGAAAAUGUUUUCAAUUUAAUAGAUAGAUGCAUGUCAAAAAUUUCAAGCAGAUACAUAAUAGGUAUAUAAUAUAUUCAAUUAAUUUUAUAUAAAUAGGGUUUCCGAAAUUUUUAGUAACUUUUUUCCACUGUAAAAUUUUCAAGAAACUAUAUCUUCAUAAAAUAUGUGCAACGCGUAGUAGAAUUUUUUUUAGUUCCAAUAAUACGGAGCUGGUUUUGUUGAUGUUGUUUGAUGAUGAUUUUCCUAGUUCAAAUAUAAAGAUUACACCAAUUUUAUUUCCUCAAAAUAUUUUAGGGAUAGAUUUUACUAUGUAAUUUAAAAAUAUCACGUGCUGUAUAAGUUAUGAUUGUAUUUUUCUCUUUAAUACAGUAUAUAUUUACAAAAUUAUUUGCUUUCAAAAUACUUGAAUAUACCUUAAUAUGAUUAGUGUGAUGUGAUAAAAGGGAGUAUACAUUAAAAAAUUAACAUAGCUAUUGAACCUCUGUUUACAUGUUCAAUUGCACAUAUAAGAACUAAUUCUGCAGGUUUGUGUGUUGCGAAGAGUUUAACAAAAUUACAACACUCUACAGG